AUGUCGCCAAGCUUGGAUCCGCUCUGGUUUCCCCAUAUUCUAGCGGACAUUCUUCACAACACUGAUUGGCAAACUCUCCUCAGUUCCCGCCUCGUCUCCGCCUCCAUGCUUCGCCUGGUCGACCCCAUGCUGUGCGGACCGACACUUCACCUGCAGAAUAAUACCGCGGGCACAAUCGAAGCCAUCUCAUGGGGCGGCGACCUAGGCGGCGACUACCUCAGCGCUCGCCGUGUACCGUACUUCUAUCGCAAUGGCAGCAAAGACUCGCGAGCUGCUGCAAUACGGAAGGUUAGGGACCUCAAACUUCACACAGACGCCGCAACUGAACACGUCAACCUUCUCUUGCAGCUUCUACCGCCUCACGCCAAGAUUUGGAUUGAGCACGACAAAGAAGUCUUUCCCGACCGCUCUACCGCUACACUUAACACCACUAUCAGUUUACCUCCCUGCAGGUCUCUCUCCGUCGCCGUUGGCUCUGCGUGCAAGUGCCAGGGAGCUGCGUUCAACCAUGUUGCCCCCAGUGUCACAUUCUACCCUUAUGAUUGGCACUACGAGGAAGAAGAAGCCAGUGGCACUCGAUCGCAAUGUGCUCUCGUGGAUGGCGUCCUAAACCGGGGCGUGUACGAGCUGCAUGUGGGUACGGACGAGGGGUAUCUUCCGAAGUUGUUCAAAGACGUCAAUCUCCAAGUCAACCCAGAGCUACGGGUCGUCCUCUUGGGUUGUGAAGACUAUUGGGUUGACGAUCUGGUUAAAACUCGCAGCGCAACCGCCAAGUGCUUCAACAUCCCGGAAAGCCAGGUCACGAUUCGAGGUGUGGACUUCAACUAA